AAGAUUGGCAGGAUUGGAUGGUUUUGCUCUUACCCUACUAGGCUCUCACUCACUCCUUGAAGUUUCUCGGGACCCUCAUCAGUUCUUUUCUGGCUUCCCGACUACACAGUGUGGGUGAUUUCUAACAACUAGUGUCUUCGGCAUUAGAAUCCUGAAUAGGAGUCUUUCCCCCGAAAUUCAGGCCUUCACCUUUAAAUAUGAAAAUUUUCACGGUAUUUGCCACCUUAGUGGCUGUUGCUCUGGCUGACAAACCGAGUCCGGUGUUCAAUUCUCCUUCGCAGUCUUCCAGUGGUUAUUCUGCACCUUCGUCCAGCUCCUCAGGGAGCGGCUAUUCUGCUCCUCAAUCCUCAGGCGGAAGUUACUCAGCUCCUCAAUCCUCCAGCGGCAGCUACUCGGCUCCACAAGCCUCGUCCUCGUCCUCCGGUGGAAGCUACUCGGCUCCUCAAGCAUCGUCUUCUUCAAAUAGCUAUUCAGCCCCGCAAUCGUCCGGAGGUGAUUCCUACGGUUCUCCCCAAGCUCCCGCGGAGGAUUCCUACGGCUCUCCUCAAGCUCCUGCCGAAGACUCGUAUGGUUCUCCACAAGCUCCCGCCCAGGACUCGUAUGGCUCGCCCAAGGCUCCCGUGCAACAAGACAGCUACGGUUCUCCUAAGGCCCCGGUCCAACAAGACUCCUACGGAUCCCCUCAGGCUACACCCGUGAAGACGUCUAGCUCUCACUCGGUUCCCGCUCCUCCCCCUCCAGUUCAAGGCCAAGUUGGCACUCAAGGCUAUUACUAUUACUACUACCCCGUGACGAACUCCAAUCCCGCUCCUUCCCAUGGGGCUCCCUCCUAUGGGGCUCCCUCUUACCAUGCCCCAUCGACCUCGUAUUCGUCGUCGUCCUCCAGUUCGUACCAUCCCUCUUCCGGAGGUGGUGGCGGAGGCAAAGGAAUCGUUGGAACUGCCAUUGUUAUUGGUGCCAUUCUAGUUGGACUGGUCAUCUUGGCCGGCAUUGUGGGAUCAAUCUUUACCUUUGGCAAUGGACGAUCAUUGACGGACGAUUUCAGCCUAAAUCAAGAGACUUUAGACAACGUGACUAGUUACGUCUACAACGCUGUGAAAGCAUAUCAAGAGUUGUAGGGCGGUAUCAUAGCACCUCGUCAGCAAUUUUGGGGUAUUCGGGUGUUUGGUGAAAAGUCCCUCCCUCUUUAAAAACUAUACUGUUACACGGCGGAGAUGCGUGCCACGUUUAUCUCUCAGAAACUCAUUGCCCAAAGCCUGGGGCGGUCUUUUCAAGAAGUCCCUUCCCAAGCAUCGGACACAGUUGAAUUCGUUGGUGCCAAAUUCAAAACACGUGAUAGCUGCUCCAUCGCCGCCAACAUGAUGCACUACUCCUUUCUUCUCCUCUUUCCUACUCUCUCUGUCUCUCUGACUCUCUGACUCUCUGUUCAAAGGCAAAGACUGCCCAUUACUUUCGACACUUUCUCAGUCUGAGCUCCUUGUGCACAACAACCAUCUUAAAAAUGCCCUACUUCUCGCAAUCUUAGUAUCUAUCAUCAAGUUCCUUGCUAAGAGUCAUCCAGUACCUGGUUAAUAAUUAAUACUCGAAUAUUUUCACCUUACUUACUUACAGUUCUACUGUUUAAUUUAGACCGUUUAAUAAAUCUGUCCUUUUCCCCUAUCUCCUUUCCCAUCCUUUUCUCUCCCAGUAUCUAUUACCAUUUCCUGCCUCUCUCGUCCGUCCAUGCUUGCAACACGCUACUCCCAAGCGAAAACGGAACUACUUCGAAACCCAAGCCUUUUGUGAUUGGAACGAAUACUGACCUGCUCGGAAUUCUGGAACAGGUCAGCACGAGCGAAUCCGUCUCAUCAAUUGAGUCUACUAGUGAAGAAUGAAUGAGACGAAAAACAAGACAUUGUUGGUCUUUUGACGUACGCGUGGAUGACGAAGAACGGAAUCAGAACUCGGAUGAGGCGAGUCCUCGCCAGAGUGUCCUGUCUUCUUGUUGUGAUGGAGAAUGAUGUUAUAAAGUGAGACAAAAUGUUCAAUGAUGACAAGUGGGAACUCAUUGGGUUCCAUUGUCAAUAGUGACUACAAACAAAAAAAAACAACAGACCCAGCAGACAGAGCAAAACGCAUACCAUAACUAGUGAUCAUCAAAUUGGCCACCAUUAAAAAUGUGGUUGAACAUUCUUAACGAGGAGGACAACAAUGCUCUGACAACAGAAAACUGGCCAAGUUUCGCAUACAACCGAUGACGACAAACAACAACCAGAAGAAUCCAUCCUCAAAACACUCACGAUGAAACAAUCUCGGUUUUUUACUACGUCCCCACCCUGGAGUGGCUAAUCAAAAUUCAAUGGCCUCUCAAAGAAACAAACCAGAAUAUAAAAAAAGAACAACGAAACAACUUCUAAGAGGGCACUGGCGUUGCACUCUCCCACAUUUUGUUCGGCUCUCUUCAGGCCUCUUUUUCUCUCCCUGUCGUCGUUCCUUCCCAUCAGAUUGCAUGACUUUUGCAUUACCCGCACAACCAAUCAUUAUUCUUAUCCCACAAGUUAUGGCUGAAAGUCGAAAACGGAUACUUUCUUUGGCCAGUCCAUCCACCAGUCCGUCAAUCAGUCAGUGAGCCAGUCCGCUCGUUUCUCCGUCCAUAAGA